GUGUUUCUCCAGGUUCUCCAGAACAGACAGGGAUGGCUCAGCAGCAACAGACCAUCAUCAACCAGCAAGCCAUCAUACUGGCGCAGCAGAUGACCAUGCAGGCCAUGGCUUUCCAGCAGCAGAUGUUGUCUUCCUUCCCCCUCGCCCCCCAGGCCCCUCCCACACAACCACCCCCCCGCACCUCCAGCCAUACUGAAGAAGCUCCAGAGAGCCCUUACCAGGCCAGCCUGAACCCCGCCCAGUACCACCCCUCCUCCAGGAAACACACUGCGACACGGGUGGCCCCUCCUGAUGACUUGGUGCAGUCCAGGGCCCCCCCUCCUGAUGACUUGGUGCGGUCCAGGGCCUCCCCUCCAGAAGGAGUGGUCCAGUCCGAUGCGUCUAACUCAGGAAGCCCCUCCCACAACAUCAAGGACAUGAUCAGAGAGUACCAACACCCAUCUAACCCUGCACCCAGCCAGUCUGCACACACACACAGGAGGGGGGAGGGGAAGAUGUUCACAAAGAAGCCGGACCCUCAUGAGGAAGCCAUGUAUAUCCUGAAAGACCAGAUGGCCAACCCACCACCACAGAAGUCUUUCUCUCCGGCGGCGCCUCGGAAACCAAAGGAGGAGGGUGGAUCCAAAGUCACCAAGGCAACAAAAUCCCGCCCACCUGCCCUAGCCGACUCCCACAGCAGCCCCCUCCCUUCACCAGUGGCCAGAGAGUUGCCUGUAGAGGAAGAGACCAGCCAGACCCAGCUACACCACAGGAGCAGUGAAGACCACUACACUUACACUAACACACCCUGGAAGAUUUACCUGAGGAAAGAGGUGUUCUACCCUAAAGACAACUUCAACACUCCUCUGUUGCUGGAGCUGCUGUUCAGACAGAUAGUCCAUGACACCUUCUCAGAGGCCUGCAUCCGCAUCACUCAGGAGGAGAGGACCAAGAUGAAGGCUCUGUUCGUGGAGCACCAGGUGGGUCAGGAUGGAGCCACACAGGAUGAGAGUGUGAAGAAGAAGAUCGUGACGAUGGCCAGAGACUCCUGGGAAAUAUAUUUCUCACGACUCUUCCCUGCCUCGGGCAGUGUGGGUACUGGGGUACAGGUGGUCUCUGUGUCUCAUCGAGGCAUCAAGCUGCUGAAGAUGGUGAGAAGCAGCGCUGUUGUCCCAGACUACUUCAGAGUGCUACACCCUUACAGUUACGCGGACAUCCUGUUUGUGUCCAUUCCAUCUAAGAACAUGUUGGAGUUUAACCUGACCAACGAGAAGCUGAUUCUGUUCUCCGCCAAGGCUCCACAGGUUAAACACAUGGUGGACUACUUCAUCACAGAACUGAAGAAGGACUCUGAGUAUGUGGUCGCAGUGAGGAACUACAUCACAGAGGACAGAACUCUGCUCAGCUUCCACAAGGGAGACAUCAUCAGACUACACAGCGUGGAGGGGCUGGAGGAGGGCCGAUGCUACGGCUGCAUCGUCAGGAAGAAGGUCAUGUUGCUGGAGGAACUAAAGAGAGAUACUCCUGAGUUUGGUGGGUGGGGCCUGUGUGUGGGUGGGGCCUGUGUGUGGGUGAGUGUGUUCAGCCGGUGGCCGCUCCAGACUUCCUGGUUCUCCCUGCUGAGAGGCGGGCCUCGUGACAGACACGGCCGUGUUGCCGCCUCCGCUGCAAUCGCCGUGGCGAUGGGCUCUACUGUCGCCGCCCAUGAACUGGACCUCAACACAGAGAGGGACUCCUCUACAGGCCAGUCAGUACACCAUGGAGGAGUUCUCCAGGAAGUACUACAGACUACAGAGACACAGGGACCAGCUGAAGACCAGGAAGGGAAGGAGAGCAGAGAACCAGCUGACAUGGUUACAUACUCUAAGUCCCCUCUCCAGGAGUCUCUGAUAGACUUCACAGACAGCCACAUGAACAAGGUGGCAGCUGACAUCUCCCUGGCUGUGAUGAAGUUCAUGGGAGACUACCCUCUGAAGGGACAGACAGAACAGGACCUGGUCUCAACGAUCCUAAAGCUCAGUGGGGAGUAUGGUCUGAUGAAAGAUGAAGCCUACUGCCAGGUGAUGAAACAGGUCACAGGAAACACCAGCUCCAAAACGGACAGUUGUCAGAGAGGCUGGAGGCUCCUCUACAUCCUGACUGCGUUCCAUCGCUGUUCUGAGGUCCUGAAGCCCUUCCUUUUAACGUUCCUGUUGGACGCCUGCUCUGGUCCUGGAGUUCACUACCAAGGUAUAGCCAAGGCGUGUGAGCAGAACCUGAGGAGGACCUUCCAGUACGGAGGAAGAAUCGAACACCCCAACAGUAUGGAGCUGAAGGCCAUGCUGGCUGGGCGGAGCUCCAAGAGACAGUUGUUCCUCCUACCAGGCGGCAUCGAGAGACACCUCAAAAUCAAGACCUGCUCAGUGUCUCUGGAUGCUAUAGAGGAGCUAUGCAAUGACAUGGGACUGCACAGACUGGAGGCCAUGGAUGAGUACGCUGUAUUUGUGGUCACACACCGAGGUCAGAAUGUCCGUCCCCUCAAUAAGAGGGAGUACAUCCUGGACAUUACUACGGAGGCGGAGCCAGUGGACAGUAACUACAGCCUGUGGUUCAGGAGGGUCAUCUGGACACAGCCGCUAAAAUUUGACAACGAGCUCUGUGUCACCAUGCAUUAUAACCAGGUGUUACCAGACUAUCUGAAGGCCUUGCUGAGUGUGGUUCCUCAGAGUAAAGCCAGUGAGCAGCUGCUGCAGCAGUUGGCCAAGCUGGCAGCAUUACAACACCGUGCUAAAGAUACCGUCUUCCUGCCUACCAUUGGUGAGGUCCAGGAGUAUGUCCCCCAGCUCUACAUCAGACAGCCUCCUCAGCCCUGGCUCAACAUGGUCACUCAGCAUAUGCAGCAGGUUUCUCCUCUGAGUCCUCACCAAGCCAGGGCUCAGUUCCUCGGUCUGGUCAGUGCGUUCCCCAUGUUUGGUUCGUCCUUCUUCUACAUCCAGUCCAGCAGCAACAUCUCCAUCCUGGCUCCCUGUGUGUUGGCUGUCAACCAGAACGGACUGCACUUCCUACACAAGGACUCACAUGAGGCCACGGCGCGUUACCCUCUGAAUGAGAUCCAGUCCACCAGAACCCAGAGACCAACAGGAGGCUCCAGCUCCUCCUAUCCCUACGUAGACAUUCUGCUGGGAGACCUGCUGACACAGCGAAUCACACAGCUGCAGCUGGAACAGGGUCUGGAGCUGUGUCGUGUCAUUGCCAUGCACAUGGAAACCAUGCUGUCUGUCCGGGAGAAGAGACUCACCCUGCCACCGAGUGAAAUCACUCUGUUAUAACACUGUCUGUCUGUCUGUCAACCAGCUACUCAGUCAGUCAGUCAACCAGCUACUCAGUCAGUCAACCAGCUACUCAGUCAGUCAGUCAGUCAGUCAGUCAACCAGCUACUCAGUCAGUCAGUCAGUCAGUCAGUAUAUGGUGGUAGUUAGUGGUAGAUGGUGGUAGAUGGUGGUAGUUGGUGGUAGAAGGUGGUAGAUGGUGGUAGAUGGUGGUAGUUAGUGGUAGAUGGUGAUAGUUAGUGGUAGAUGGUGAUAGAUGGUGGUAGAUGGUGGUAGUUAGUGGUAGAUGGUGGUAGUUAGUGGUAGUUGGUGGUAGAUGGUGAUAGUUAGUGGUAGUUGGUGGUAGAUGGUGGUAGAUGGUGGUAUAUGGUGGUAGUUAGUGGUAGAUGGUGGUAGUUAGU